AUGGAAGCAGAAAAUAAAACAACAGUUUCAGAAUUCCUUCUGCUGGGCCUCUCAGAGGAUCCUGAACUUCAGCCCUUCUUCUUUGGACUGUUCCUGUCCAUGUACCUGGUCACUGUGUUUGGGAACUUGCUCAUCAUUCUAGCUGUCAGCUCUGAUUCCUACCUCCACACACCAAUGUAUUUCUUCCUUUCCAACCUGUCCUUUGUUGACAUCUUUUUCAUCACUACUACAGUCCCAAAGAUGCUGAUAAACAUCCAGACACAGAACAAAGACAUUUCCUACAUAGGAUGUCUCACUCAGGUGUAUUUCUCCAUGAUGUUUGCUGGACUGGACCAUUUUCUCUUGACCGUGAUGGCCUAUGACCGGUUUGUGGCCAUCUGUCACCCCCUGCACUACACAGUUAUCAUGAACCCCCUGUUCUGUGGCUUAUUGGUUCUGAUGUCUUGGGUCAUCAUUUUCUGGUUCUCCCUACUUCAUAUUCUACUAAUGAUGAGAUUGAAUUUCUGUAGAGGCACUGAAAUUCCACAUUUCUUCUGUGAACUGACUCAGAUGAUCAAAGUGGCCUGCUCUGCUGUCCUCAUCAAUAACAUCUCCUUGUAUGUGGCAACUGCCCUGUUGUCUGUGGUUCCCAUCACUGGUAUUGUCUUCUCUUACACUCAGAUCAUCUGUUCCUUAAUGAGAAUGACCUCUACUGAGGGCAAGUAUAAAGCAUUUUCCACCUGUGGGUCUCACCUCUCUGUGGUCUCCUUGUUCUAUGGAACAGGCCUUGGGGUCUACCUCAGUUCUGCUGUGACCCAUUCUUCCUUGAAAAGCUCUAUUGCCUCAGUGAUGUACACUGUGGUCACACCCAUGCUGAACCCCUUCAUCUACAGCCUAAGGAACAAGGAUGUGAAGGGAGCCCUUGGAAGACUCUUUAGUAAAGCAGACUCUUCUCCAUGA